GUCGCAUACGGGCCUCAACCCACCCGUUCAGCCUACGACACAGCGGGCGCUCACACGCAAAGCAUCGAUGGGUGCACUCAUGGGGUCAAAUCAAGCCCAGGCAUCAGGCUCUGGGUCGACAUCCAAUGCAGCAGCUCCUAACAGUGGCUCACGCUAUGAAGCCCCGACUGCGGCGUCGCGUGCGAAGAACUCGCACACGCAUUCGACAAGUCGGAUACAUGGACUGGAGCGGUACGACGUGCCGCCUACACGCCCCUCUACCCCAAACCCAAACCCGGCCGCGCUGCGCCUCACGAUGCCAACGUCCUCUGCUCGUCUCAAGACUCGACCACUCAUAUCGAACGUCUUUCCUUCGUCGCCAUCCUCCUCUACCUCGUCUUCCAUACCACCACGAGCCAGGUCCCCUAUGCCCCCACGCCCGCCUUCUUCCGCAUCGAUACGUUCGAGGUCAUCUGCGGUGACCAGCCCACCACCGCACACGGGUCCAAAGGUGCUUCGAAAACCAAAACGCCAGCGGAUGUAUGGGGAUGGCACUGAACUGGACGCGUUCGAGGACCUUCCGACCGAUCGCGACAAGGAGAGCCGCUAUCGGGUGCAGCCAAAGGGCUUCGGAAAUCGGGUCCCGGGCGCUAUGUACCCGUCCAAGGGAUCCGACGGCAAGGACUGGGGCAAGGGGAUCAUGCGGAAAAAGCCGCUUCGCGAUGGCUCGGGCAGUGGUUCGGACGUCUCGCGAGCCGCCGAGCCACGGACCUUGAAGCGCACCGGCCGGAUCGACUUCCCCUCGAGGUCCGGGACCCUUGACUCUACGUCAUCAAAGCGGAUCAAAGCCCCUCCUUCACCCAAUCAGACCCGGCGAAAACCCACCUUGAUCCGGAACCUUGGCGGUGCCACCGCCCCGAAAGUGGUUGGGGAGAUGAAGUGGAACCCGCAGACUCUUCGAUGGGAGGGCAAUGACCAGGCACUCCGUGACUUCGACGCGGCCAUCGGCACCUCGACACGGCCUGCCCUCAUAACACACCUCACAGGUUCCUCAGUCGGGUCCCCUGUGAGUUCAUUUGCAUCCGGCGCGCGUCGGGUGGGCAACAUGAUCUUCGAUCCCAACCGCAUGUGCUGGAUAUCCACACUACCACCUGAAGAAGAUGAGCCGGAUGUCUUCGCCGAUCUCGCAGACGACGAGGAAGACGGCUGGGAGGCCAACGGCGGGACCAUCCGCGCUGCGCAGCAGCAACAAAACCCCACAGCCUCUGGUCCAGCCGACAUCAGCAAAAGAUCGGCGGCCAAUCCCUCAGGUCCUCCAAGUCCGACUAGGAGCACGAGGAGUCACGAUCGGAGCCCGUCCGAGUCUGGCAGCGACCGCGGGUCGCGCGCGUCGAUGGUGUGCGACGUGGAUGACACCUUUUUGGACGCGUGCCGACAGGCAGAAGAGCGCCAUCGUACAGAAAUGAAAGGCUGGAAGAUGAAGCAAGACAACGCGUCUGCUGGCACCGACCGCCAAUAUCUUUUUGACAUUCGCGCCCUAGCGACGGGUGACUACUAAAUGUUUCCUUGUUUUUAUCGUUUUGUCUCAUCUCUUUUUUCUUCUCACUCAUCUCUCCGUCUCUCUCUGUGUCUGUUAGAGCGACCCCUUCGUCUCGCUUAUGCAUGAUGGCCGUCAUCAUUACUACUACUACUACUACUCCUACUCUAGUGCGUUUCUAUUCAUUUCAUUUCUUGUUAACCCCCUUUUUGUCCUUUUAAUGGUGGACGAAGACAUAGGACGCUUCUUCGAACCCACUUCCCCCUCCAUCCCCAUUUGUCCCCCUAAUCGCCCCCUCUUUGCUUUGCACUUCUCGCUGCAGCCUUUUCUUUUUAUCCUCUUCUUUUUCUUUACGAUGUUGAUGAUAACGUCACCGACCACGCACGCUCCUUGCCCGUUUGUUUUUCGAUUUGUAUGUCGCAGGAUCAUAUGGAAAAACAUGGCAGACUCUCUAUC